CAUUCUGAUUCGUCACCGGUGUCCGGGAAAAAUGGCGUCGGAAGAACAGUGCUCGGUACCAUUUCGAUGGCGGUCGAUAUCGCUAACCCACAUAGAGUUCCCUGCUGGUGAUCUGACUGGACAAGUGUUGGCCUACACCAGCCUGCUGCCCAUAGCGAUCCUCAUAGGCUUUGUCACCCUCAUAGUGUUCAAGCGUGAACUGCACACGAUCUCUUCCUUCGGGGGGCUCGUCCUGAACGAAGGUGUGAAUUGGCUGCUGAAGCAUAUUCUACGGGAGCCCCGCCCAUGUGAAGGAGCGCACACAACCCUGACAACAGAGUAUGGGAUGCCCUCCAGUCAUUCCCAGUUCAUCUGGUUUUUUGUUGUUUACUUCUUUCUUUUCCUUUAUUUGAGAAUGCAUCAAACGAACAACGCUCGGUGUGUGGAGCUGCUGUGGAGACACAUACUGUCCAUCACCUUGUUGGGCGUGGCCUUAUCAGUGUCAUACAGCAGGGUGUACCUGUUGUACCACACUUGGAGUCAGGUCUUCUAUGGGGGAGUGGCCGGUAGCACCAUAGGAGUAGUCUGGUUCUUCUUCACACAGGAGGUGCUGACACCGCUAUUCCCCAAGAUAGCAGCAUGGCCGAUAUCAGAGUUCUUUCUGGUGCGGGACACGAGCCUGAUCCCCAACAUCCUUUGGUUCGAGUACACAGUGACCAGGUCAGAGGCGAGAAACAGACAACGGAAGCUUGGAACAAAGCUUCAGUAAUCUCAGCAGUUCCUUGGAGAAACUGAGUAAAGGAACACACACACACACUCAUUAAAAAACACACUGGAGAAUCAAUCAUCUUCUGGACUGACCUGGUUGAAAUGGUAAAAAGGCCAUCCAUUUACAGGUGGACCAAAAGAGUGUCUGGACUCGGCCCGGAUUCCACAGCCUUAGCAAAUCCGUCCACAUGCUUCUCCUUAUUGUAUAGCUUGCCGAAAUGCUCCCCCAAUGCAUGCAAGACCGUGCAAGAGGUAUACUAUUUAAUGAUAAAUUAAUAUAAACUCAGCAAAAAAA